AUGGAAGAUUUUCCAAAAAAUUGGAGUUUGGAUAUGGUGAAUACAGAAACAUUUAUUGACUCAAUGAAUCGUCUAAUGAACAGUGAUGACAAUGGAACUUCCAGCAAUUCUACCGACGAUAUCGACACGAACAAAGGUCAACUGUCGCAUACGGACCAAACACAAUUGUCAUACACAAACCUCAUAAACGACCUGCUCGAACCCCAUCCGAAAGCCGAGUACGGGCAUUUCGAGUCCUGCGCCAACGCCAUGUAUUGUCGUGACUGUCAGAUGAUGCUGAAGCCAGAAUACGUUUCCCGAAUCCCAUGUAAGAUGCGCGAGGUUGUCGUGCAACAAGACGGUACCGUGACCUACGUACACACUAAAUGCGAAAAAGUGGACUUGACAAAACAUAUCCAUUCCAUUGCCAACGAAUCUGGAAGCUGGGAAAAAACAUACUGGCAAGUAUGGUCAGAAUGUCAUUUCUUAUCUUGCAUCACAUGUAAAUUCUGUUAUCCAGUGAGGAACUCGGCCAUGUGCCAAUACCAUCCGGAGAGCCCCGAAUACUUUCCGAUUGGAAAUUUAGACUUAGAACAACCCAUAGGCCGCUAUCCGUGUUGUGGGGAAAGAGCUUUCCGAUUUAAGCUGGUGAAAAAUCCUUUCGGUUGUAAAUUCCGUAUGCAUGUACCGAAUAAAGAAAACAUAUUUUGUGAACGCAUCCUGAAAUUGAUGUGUAAUAAUCUAGAACUUACUAUUGCGAACCCUCCUGCAUUGAAUCAUGAAAACAAAAUCAUGAAAUUUAUCAACUUGAACCCUGGAAUAAAAAGAUCAAAUUAUCAACAUUGGUGGAUAAAAUUGACGUUAGGAGCGAAUGAUUAUACGCAUCAGCCAAUAAUUUCUUUGGAGUCUCACUUUCCAAACUGUCAGAAGAAAAAUAAAAAUUGGAAGAAUUUAAAUAAAAGGAAAGCAAAACAUUUUAUUGAACUCAAGAAGAUGAUGGACAUUGACAAUAAAUCAACGAUUGUAAAUUCAUCUAAGAGUUCAAUAAAUCUUAAAGAAAAUACAAACAUCACUACUCAAAUGUCAAAUGAAAAAUUAAUCAACGCCAAAAAUUUGAUAAACCAAGAAAAUUUGUGGAAAAAGCAGUCACCGAUGACCUCCAUCCAGGAUUCACAAAGAGAACAAGAAAGUCUUUUCUUUGACCAAAUUACAGUAAACCUCAUUAAAUCAAGAAAAGGAGAAAAAGGUUUACUCGGAACUCCCGACCAAUUCAGAGAUAGUUAUACGCUGAUUCGUGCAAAUAUACUAGCAAAAAUUGAAGCACGCAACAAACCCGCGGGUAUAAAAUCCACAAAAACAUUUCUCGGUAAUAAUUUGUAUGACACAAUAUUAAAUAAUUGUUCUGAUACACAGUAG